AUGAAAGUACUGUCGGUAAAGUGGGAAGUGGACGGUGAACCUAUUUCCCUAAAACGACGCGUCCUCCCAUACGGUCAACGGGAAGGUGUCCUGGAAGCGUUACAGAAAAUGGAGCAGGAUGAUGUGAUAAACAAAGUUGAAUGCAGUGCCUGGGUUACCGCGAUCGUCGUGGCGAUGAAAAGUGAUGACAGUGUAAGCAAAGAACUCGAUGGUGGGCUUGCAUAUCAAGAUGACGUUCUCAUUUUCGGCCUUAAUAAGAAAGAACACGAUGCUCGUCUGACGCAGCUGCUGGAACGAUUCGCCGCCAGGAACAUAGUUAUAAAGAUGUCCAAAUGUGUGUUUGGUGGGAGUGAGUUGGAGUUUCUAGGAUUCACAGUUGAUUCCUGUGGAUACCGUUUUGAUCCGACAUGUUUCAAACCAUUGACUGACAUCGAAUCUCCAAAGGAUCAAACGCAUUUGAGAUCCGUGAUGGGAUACCCACCGUACUAUUGCCGAUUUAUCCAGAAAUUUGUUUCAAGGGCGCAGCCGCGUUCCGUGCUCAGUGUUCAGGCGCUUGGGAAAGAUCGGUGCAGUGUGAAGAUAACUUAA